AUGGAAGGUGUUAACCCAGUCACAAAGAAGGCCUAUACAGUGACGCUAACUGAUUGUCUUUAUACGCCCUCUUUCCACUAUAAUCUAGUGUCGCUCGGACGACUAGAGCAGAAAGGGGCGUGGUGGGAUAUGCGGAAAGGGCAUAUAAUGCAUAAUGGAGAGUCAAGACCGUAUAAUAUGCGCAUGCCAUACGAAGAUCCGUAUAACCAUAGGUGUCAACUGCAACGGCAAAGACAUGGCAUAGACGUCUCGGACACGUCUAUUAAGGAGCAAUCUAGCAGCUACCGGAGCUCGUCAAUAGAGUUAAGAUCAAAGAUAGGGAAGAGCAACUGGUCGGAUCAGAUAGCUAGCUAUGCGAGGUAUAUAGCUUGGUGA